AUGAUUGCACCCAAUACUUGUACAACCAAAAAACCAACAACACACCCACAAUGGCUAAUAACCAAUGAUAACAACCAUGGAUUGAAUAGUAAAAUAAAUAAAUACAAAAUGGCUAAAAGAGAACAUGAAGAACGUAUUCGUUCAGAUAAGAAAAUGAAAUUAUCAGCAAAGAAAGAAGAGAUGGCAAUUGAUUCUGAAUUAUUAGGUCAACAAUCUUCAUAUGCUCAAAAUUCUACUGGUGGGCCUGGUGCUGGAAAUAAAGAAAACCAUGUUGAAAUCGAUCAAGCUGCCGCAGCUGCUCAAGCCGUAGCUGCAGCUGUUGCAUCCAAUGAAGGUGAACAAGCUGAACAAGAUCGUGAACGUACUGAAGAAGAACAACAGCAGCAACAACAAGACCAACAACAACAACAUCGUGAGGAAACUCCUGCUGAACAAGCUGAACGUCAGGCCCAACAACAACAACAGGUUCAACAACAACAACAAUAUGGUUAUCAAGCACAACAACCUGACUCGUUUAGACAAACUAGUAUACCACAAGUGCCACAAGGACUUAAGCCACAACAUGGUUCUGAUGAAUGGCAUAGACAAAGAAAAGAGAAUCAUAAAGAGGUUGAAAGAAGAAGACGCGAAGCAAUUAAUUUAGGAAUUAAAGAAUUGGCUUCAUUGAUUCCAACUACUGAUACUAACAAAGCACAAAUCUUACAAAGAGCUGUUGAAUAUAUUAAAAGAUUAAAAGAGAAUGAAAAUAAUAAUAUUGAAAAAUGGACUCUUGAAAAAUUAUUGACUGAACAAGCUGUUUCUGAAUUAAGUGCUUCUAAUGAGAAAUUGAAACAAGAAUUAGAAAGAGCUUAUCGAGAAAUUGAACAUUUGAAGAAUACCAGUUCUUCAAAUAGUAAAGAAAAGAAGGGAAGAGAUUAA